CAUUUGACAGGGGAGUAGGAGGGUUUUGUGGAGAUCAGAAAAACGACAGCGCGAUAAAAAUUAGUAUUGUUGCACUUCACAAAUUAAUGACCAUGAGUUCCUACUUGAUAAACUCCAACUACAUCGAGCCUUCCUUCCCACCGUGCGACGAGUACCAGCAGAGCGGAUACAUCCCCAGCCAUGGUGAUUACUACGAGCGGCCAAAAGAUACGGGCUUCUCCCAUCACGACGAGGCAACCUAUCCGAGGUCAAACUACACGGAAACGGGCUACGAUUACGGCAACGUUCCCGCCGCCGCCGGACUCGACGACUUCGGCGACGGGCACCACGCACAGCCGCAGCCGGUUCCACAGAGCCACGGUCCUCGCCUCUCCGCCGCGCCAGACGGUGGCGCAGGGGCCAAUGGCAGCAAGGACUGCAGCCUCGCCGGUGAGGUGUAUCCCGGCGUGGCGAAGGGCAAAGAGCCGGUGGUCUAUCCGUGGAUGAAGAAGGUGCACGUUAACAGCGUCAAUGCCAAUUACACUGGAGGAGUGCCUAAGAGGUCCCGUACUGCCUACACCCGCCAGCAGGCUCUGGAGCUGGAGAAGGAGUUCCACUUCAACCGCUACCUGACCCGGCGCAGGCGCGUGGAGAUCGCGCACACCAUGUGCCUAUCCGAGCGCCAGGUCAAGAUCUGGUUCCAGAACCGGAGGAUGAAGUGGAAAAAGGAGCACAAGCUUCCCAACACUAAGAUCCGCUCGUCCAGCUCGGCCUCAGCCUCCGGGGCCCAGCAGCAGCAACAGCAGCAGCAGCAGAUCAAAACAGGCCAGCAGCUCGUCCCCACGCCGUGCACUGCAGGUCUAUAGUGCACAGAUGAACCCAAAUCCCUUCCUCCCCCUCUGAAAAUCCAGACUGAGAUGGAAAACAACACAAGUGGAAUUUGAAGGACCGAGUUUCAGUAUUUUACACACACAUGGUGUUAUCUUUGUUGCACAUUUGGGCCUCUGCCUUGUCCUUUGUACCCUCUUCCCUCCGCGGUCGUCCUCUUCAUAUAAGCUUGAAAUUCACGUUUAAUUGCCAUGAUGGCAACUGAAGUGUUUAUAUAUUUGUUUAUUAUGGAAAAAAUAAUAAUAAUAAAAAAAAAAAAUCCUGCGCACAUUCAUAGGACUUGGAGCAAAGUGUAUUCACUACAGUUAAAAAAAACAAAAAACAAGUGAGGUGAAGGUCAUUUUGAACUCGUUUUUUUUCUAUUUAGAAUAUUGUUUUAUUGUUUAUUGCUUAUGGAAAUUGCGAUACUUGAAAGUUAUUUAGCGAAGCUCAGUGUUAGAAAACCGCUCGGGCUCUUUUUUUUUUUUGGCG